AUGAUUAAAACAAAGAAACCUUUGAGCAUGCAACCUACUACUACUAGACCCGCCGUAUCCACUAGUCGAUCCACCACAUCUACUAUCAUUAAGUCCACUGUAUCCACUACACAAUCUAACAAUACUCGAUCCGUCACAUCCACCUCACAGUCUGCCACUCAACCCGCCACAUCCACCGCACAACUUCGCUGUAAAUCUAUCAUCAAACCGAAUUCACCUAUCCAGCUGUGGAAAGAAAUUGAUGAACUUCGUAAUAUCACAAGACAGCAAGAACGUACCAUGAUGAAUAUGAUGGAUCAAAUAAAUUAUUUGACAUCUACUGCUGGUACUUUAGUUUGUGAAGUUAAUAAGUUGCGCGUUUUAUGUCAACCUGAGGAUCAAGGCUCACUCGACUUGGUAAUGGCCGAAUCUUCAAAUAAUACAUUACAAAGGUCUGUUUCGUCGGAGGUAACAACGGGAUCGAAUUCAGUAUUCGAGGAUGAUAAGGAGCGAAAAAAAGAGCUUCGGAAGGAGAUUUUCUUUCUCCUAAAAGAAAAAGGUGUUAGAUACGACCUUGAUUAUGAUUUGACCUGGUCUGAGCAAAAGGACCGCCUGGCAAAAAAUACGAUUCCUGUUCUCAUCAAUGUUUUAGGAGAUCGAUAUAACACAAAUCGAAAUGAGUUGGCUGAUAUUCUGAAACAACGUCAUAAAUCAUCCCGAAAUACGCUAUCAGUUCGUCGCGAUCCAUCCAGAAGUGCCCGUUUUGAUGAGAGAGUACAUAAAAACACUCGGCGAGCUGAAAAAAGAUCCCGGCGUACGGCAGCAUUUAAAUAUCUCACCACCAAAAACGAUAAACACAUUAAGAAGUAUAACUCAAAUGAGAUAAAGAAGCUGCUAAGUAAUAGUGAUAUCCAUUCACCUGAAAUCUCUGAUUCUGCCGAGGAAAAGGAUGAAAAGGGUAACGUAUACGUUAACGUAUAUGAUUUAUCUUGGAGAUCAGACGAGCUACGUAAUUUCGUCCAUGAUGUUCUUGAUGCUACCAUGCCUCCGAAUUAUGUGCGCCCACGUCGGAAAACAUUUGUAUUAAACUUAUCUGCACCAGAAGGUCUUCCGGACUGGGCGGUGGCCGAAGAUGAUGACGAGAGUGAGUACGAUAGUUAUAGUAGUGAUAAUGAGGAAAAUGAUAUAAAAAGUAAAGGCAAAAGCUCUAGCGUUCCACUUAGACACAAGAGACGAAGAAGAUAA